AUGCACCGCGCAUUGUCAGCUCGAUGGCUUAACCGGGCACUCAGUAUUGGUGAAGCUUCUGCUUCAUCCAGUGUCCCUUUAUUUUUAUGUCCUGCUGUUGGAGCAUCAAGUCGAAUUUAUAGAACGCCAAGAGCGGCACCUCUGCAAACCCCGGCUUAUACUCAACGAUUCAAUCACAUCGAAGCGACAUCCACUCAAGAAACGCCCGUCGAACCUGCCGAAACGCCUUCUCUUUUUAAUCCUGAAGUCCCAAGGAGGAAAUUGCCGUUGAAUUGUACCGGAUGUGGCGCCUUUACACAGACGAGCGAUCCGCAAUUGCUGGGUUACUUUGACCCAGAGAGCAAAAGAGUCAAGAAAUGGCUUAAUCCGAGGGCUUAUGAGCGUCAACAAGCACCCACGCAGGAGGAUGAAAUUGUUGGUGACGUUCUUAAGAAUUUAGACGGGAGCCAAAUCAAGGCUCUUGGAAUGGACCCUUCUCUCUUGAUCUCAGGCGCUGAGAGGGAGGGUCGUGUCGCUCCCAAAGCACCUCCUCAAGAAAAGCAACCCGUAUGCGACCGAUGCCAUGAUUUGCAGCACUACAGCACAAAAGGCGAGACAACAAAGGUCCCCAUGUAUCACCCUACCGUUGAGUCGCUGCGCGAAACAAUCGAGGAAUCACCGCACAAAUAUAACCACAUAUACCAUGUUAUCGACGCCGCCGACUUUCCCAUGUCGCUCAUUCCUCGACUUAAUGUUCUGCUGGGUGACAUUCCUAUCAGAACCCGCAACCGACGAUCGCGAAGUAGCAAAUUCCAGCAUGACCGCAAGACAGAACUCAGCUUUAUUAUCACGAGAGGCGACCUGCUGGGACCUAAAAAAGAAAUGGUGGAUACCAUGAUGCCGUACCUGCGUGAAGUGCUGAGAGAUGCUUUGGGGAGACUCGGAAACAGAGUUCGUCUGGGUAAUGUCCGAUGUGUUAGCGCAAAGCGUUCUUGGUGGUGUAAGGAAGUUAAGGAAGACAUCUGGAACCGUGGAGGUGCGGGUUGGAUGGUUGGAAAGGUCAAUGUUGGCAAAAGCCAGCUGUUCGAAGCUGUUUAUCCUAAGGGCAGGAUGGGGCCAGUGAACGAUAAGGACCGAGCAUCGAUAUCGACAUAUCCUCGAGAAGUCCUGAGUGCAGAAUCGAUUGCUGCGCAGCCGACUCAGGACAAGGAUGUAGAUGUUGGAGACUUACUACCGCCCGUGCAGCCAGCCCAGAAUUAUCCCGACAUGCCUCUAGUAUCAUCGCUUCCCGGUACAACUGCUUCUCCUAUUCGAGUUCCAUUUGGCAACGGAAAGGGCGAAUUAAUCGAUCUUCCUGGCUUGGCCCGCAGCGACUUGGAACUUUUCGUGAAAGAGGAGGCCCGGCAAUCGACGAUCAUGAAGAAACGCAUUGUACCUGAGCAGAUCUCUAUGACUCCUGGCAAGUCACUCAUCCUCGGUGGAGGUCUAAUUCGCAUCACACCGAAGAACCCCAACUUGGUUAUCUUAGCUUACAAUUUCACGCCUUUGGAUGAGCACCUUACUCAAACCGACAAGGCCAUUGCUUUCCAAGAGCAGACAAGGGAGUCUGCUGGUGUGCCAAGUAUCAUGCUUCCCGGCGUUGGGGGCAAAAUGAAGCAUGCUGGAACAUUUAAGCUGUCACACGAUGUUACCAGGAAGAGAGCAGGUCCACUUACAAGGAAGAAUGCGGUCGGCCUUAAUGUCGACAGGCUUCCCUUCCGAGUCUUAUCUACGGAUAUCCUCAUAGAAGGUGUGGGCUAUGUCGAGCUUGUCGCACAAGUCCGUGCUCGCGAUGUCGCUCUGAAGGUGUUUGACCAACAACAGCAACGGACCAAAACCGACGAAACUGUUUGGAAAAGGCCAGUUGAUACCUCUGAUCCUUUCGCCGCCAUGAAGUCUCAAAGAAGAGAUACAGCACCCGCUGUACAGGCGAGACACAAGGAACCCGAGCCCCCAUUGGAUCCUGCGUGGCCAGCGGUUGAUGUCUUCAGCCCCGAAGGCAGGUUCAUCGGUUCUCGCCAACCUAUUCAGGGAUGGUUGAACAACAAACCCCGUAUAUUGAAAGAGCAUAAAAAGAGUCGACCUCGAAGGAGUAUGAAAGGUGUUAAAAGGAAGGACAAGAUUGAGAGGAGGGCAGCAAACUGA